AUGCUGGGUCCAGAGUCGCUGCAAGAAUACAAUGACACCCAAGUGAAAGUCGACUCCUUCCGCGAAUUCACAUCACUUGAAUAUCUUACCAUCCCAGAAGCCUGUCUUUCUGAACGAGUGAAAUUCUCACCGCGACUGGGGCAGCUCGACAUCGAAGACAGCGUGUGCUCGAUUCGAGACUUGGUUAUGAGUAUCGCCAAGAACGUGAAAGCAGGACUCUAUCUUGACUUGAAAGAGAUUACUGUCAACUGA